AUGGAGGAAGAACGGCGAGUUCUGUUCGGGAAAUACGAGAUUGGGAGGCUACUAGGCAAAGGAACCUUCGCUAAAGUCUACUACGGCAAGGAGAUCAUCGGCGGCGAGAGCGUCGCCAUCAAAAUCAUCAACAAAGACCACGUCAUGAAGAGAGAAGGCAUGAUGGAUCAAAUCAAGCGAGAGAUCUCCAUCAUGAGGCUCGUUCGUCACCCCAACAUCGUCGAGCUGAAAGAAGUCAUGGCGACGAAGAAGAAGAUCUUCUUCAUCAUGGAGUUCGUCAGAGGCGGCGAGCUUUUCGCCAAAGUCGUCAAAGGAAAGCUUAAAGAAGACGCAGCGCGGAAAUAUUUCCAGCAGCUGAUCUCAGCCGUUGAUUUCUGUCACAGCAGAGGCGUUUCUCAUCGGGAUCUGAAACCGGAGAAUCUCCUCGUGGACGAGAACGGAGACCUCAAGGUCUCCGAUUUCGGACUCUCGGCGUUGCCGGAGCAGCUUCUCCAGGACGGAUUGUUGCACACGCAGUGCGGUACGCCGGCUUACGUGGCGCCGGAGGUUCUUCGGAAGAAGGGAUACGACGGCGCUAAGGCGGAUAUCUGGUCGUGCGGCGUGAUUCUGUACGUGCUUCUCGCCGGAUUUCUGCCGUUUCAGGAUGAGAAUCUGAUGAACAUGUAUCGGAAGAUUUUCAAAUCGGAGUUCGAGUUUCCGCCGUGGAUUUCCCCGGAGGCGAGGAGGCUGAUUUCGAAGCUUCUCGUCGUCGAUCCCGAGAGACGGAUCUCGAUCGCGGCGAUUAUGCGCACGCCGUGGUUUCGGAAAGGAUUCAAGCCUCCGAUCGCUUUCAAGCUCGACGAGCCGAUCAAUUCUCCCGAUUACGACGAGGAUCAUCAGAGGAUAGACGACGGAGACGACGGCGAGGAGUCGCCGAUCUCGCCGAAAUUCUACAACGCGUUCGAAUUCAUCUCGUCGAUGUCGUCGGGAUUCGAUCUGUCGAGCAUGUUCGAGAGCAAGAGGAAGCUGAGGUCGAUGUUCACGUCGCGGUGGUCGGCGUCGGAGAUAAUGGCGAAGAUCGAAGGGAUCGGGAAGGAGAUUGAUAUGAAGGUGAAGAAGACGAAGGAUUGCAAGGUGAAGAUGCAGGGGAAAACGGAGGGGAGGAAAGGACCGAUCUCGGUGACGGCGGAGGUGUUCGAGGUGGCGCCGGAGGUGGCGCUCGUGGAGUUCUGCAAAUCGGCGGGAGACACUCUGGAGUACAAUAGGUUAUACGAAGAACAAGUCAGGCCGGCGUUGACGGACAUCGUGUGGUCGUGGCACGGCGACAAUAAUAAUAAUAGUAUUACUACGAUUAAUAAUAAUAUUAAUAUUAUAAAUCAUAAUAAUGAUAACUAUAUUAGCGAUGGAAGCUUUGGUAGUGACUGUGAGAGAAUAUGA